AAAAUUCUUGAUUUCGUUAAAGUUAUAGUCAUUCAUUCGAUUUUUCAUCCUUACCUGUUUUUAUUGUGCAAGACAAUUUUAUUAUAAUUUUGUACAUCUUAGACUAGGUAGUUUAUUCAGUAAAUUCCUUUCUAUCUUCUCUAUUGUGAAAAAUUGUUCUACAAAGACCAGCAUCACCAAACUUAACCAAAUAUCUAUGAACAUAACAAUACUUUGAAAAAUAAGUAGAAACUGUAACCAAGGACCAGCAGCUUGUUUCAAGAAAUUCCAAAUAUUAUAUUUCGUAAAAUACAAAAUGCCGGCAAGCAACAUCGAUUUGUACCACAUGCAAGAUGCUAGAAAUAAUUUUGAUGCCACGCGGCCUGCUCCGAUUUGUCCUGAUGCCAAUCAAUAUAUGGGCCAAUGUCAGAAUGUUCACAUAUCAACAAACUGUUAUUACGGAUACCAUGGGACGAAAAGUAUGGAAUGUCAAGUAAUAAGCGACUGCGAAAUGACGGAAGCACCACAUAUUAAUAACUUAGCGUCACAGCCGCCUAACGCCAGGAAGCGGAGUGCUGAUGAUGGUGAAUAUCCACGAAACAAACGCCCUCGCCAAGAGGGUAUGGUGCCACCGACUUCAAACUGCAAUCCAUGUUUACUACGCCCAACUCACAACAACCCAGAUAUAUCUCGUUGUCUCAUGGUCCAUAUGAUCUAAUCUCUGCUAAACUAAACAAUGGUCUUACAUAAAUCUAAUUAAGGAAUGUCCAUUUUAUCUGCAGAAGUACAAAGAGAGAAACAGAGACCUGAGAAAGACACGAAAAAUGAUAAGAAAACAGAUACAGAAGACCUAUUGGAGACACUAUAUUGGAAUAUUCACGGGGGAAAUAUUUAUCAUUUAUGGCAGUGCCUAUGACGUGUUAUGUAGAAGUUUGAAGUGUGAUUAUCGCAGAUAAACAAGUAAUAGGGACAUUAAAUUGAAAAGACUUAAUCAUUUUAUUUUUGUGAAUAAGUUUUUCUUUUAUAAUUGAAAGGUUUCCAAAUAAAAUUUUAUAUAGGAGAA